AUGACUUCUUGCAGCUCCAGCCCUAUCAAACUUGGGCAUCCUCCUAUUCACAAAGCCUCAGAGACCGUGAACUGGCUGAAGGCUACUCGUGCUGUCUCCGAAAUCCCCCUUCAUGAUUUCACUACCCACCAUCUUCCUGUUGCAUCAAAUCAGCCCCCAUGUGAAUUAUCCUGGAGCGACGAACAGGCGCCUCUCGUUGAUCACAUACGCAGCAUUCAGCCCGGCCAUGAAACCGCUCUGUACACAGGAUUUUCACCACUUCUCCGACUCUGCAACCUUGCCAGUAAGCGUGUUUUCGACUCCCUGCAUGAUCCAAUCGACGCUCUUGUUUUUUACUCCAACCACAACAAAUUUAUGGUUCACCCUUUCUCCGAACAAUCGUUGGCUCCUGAUAUAAUCGUUUUGCGGCAACCUUCGCACAUACUGGAAACUAUGACAGCUUCUGGAGCGUAUCAGGGCGAACAAGCUUUUGAAUCUCCUAGCACUCCAACCUGGUCGAAUGUUGUUGCAGUUGGGGAGGCUAAAGUACAACGCAAUGCUCGUUAUCAAACUGCCAACUAUCUUCGUAAUCAGCUUCAGCUUCGGCCUGAUCUGCACUCGGUCCUUGGAUUUAGUGCAAAAGCCAGCAGCUAUUCAAUCUUUUAUCACGACGCUAGUGCUAUACAUCAGUCCGCUAAUUGUGACUGGAGCGUUUCAAGUCCUCUGCACGCUUUUGUCCGACAGCUCUAUCGAGGCACAACAUAUGACCCUUCAAUAAUUAAUCUACGACCUAACGACCAAAAUCCGAGAUGGGUGGUUAGAAUUGACUCUGAUGUUUUUAUUGUUGCAACCGCAACGCCGGAUCCGGGGCUCGGUCAACGUCGUUUUACCGCUCUGGCAACGCACAUAGAAACGCAGAUUCCCUGGUUUAUCAAAGACUUCUAUCGAGAUGAUCUCCGGCGGUUCUUUGAAGGGGUUAUGUAUGUUAAAGCUCACGAGUCGCGGGUUUUGCCGGGGAUGAUGCAGGCCGAUCAUUAUGGCUAUGUCCUUAAUAAAAAUGGCGACCUGAUUCAAACCACCAGCUAUGGAAGAGGACAAGGCAACAGCGGCAUUAAAAUCAGAUCAAAAAUGCGCAUUGCAACGCGUGAUGUGGGUAUACCAUUGGAAAAAGUCAACUCCUUGCGCGAACUUCUUGGCGUCAUGUAUGAUGCCUGUGUUGUACAGCGCAACCUUUAUCGCAAGAGCAAAAUCCUUCACCGAGACAUCAGCGACAACAAUAUUAUGAUUGCUCCCACAGAUGAACAAUUCUACAAGCGUUGCAUUGGUGGAUAUGACGAAGUUAAAUAUCUGAAUCAAGUUCUGGCUCAGAAUAAAAAUACUCCACCCCGGCCCGUUUGCCUUAUUGUAGAUCUUGGAAACGGCGCGCAAAUAGAGGAUACAAGGAAGGGCUCCAUGGCCCUGACCGAAAGAACGGGCACCCCAAAGUUCAUAGCUCGUUCUGUUUCCAAAGGCAAACCCCUACCUCGGACGGUUUACAAGCCUGAUGGGGUGAUUAUCCCAAAACUUCAAGGGAAGUCCCGUGAACUAUACCAGGUCUCCAGCAACGUCGAGUACGAUAGUUACAAUCAAGCGGUUGACCGAGGCUACGCACAUACUCCUGGCUGUACGACCGAAUUCACACAUCAACUUUUUCAUGACGCCAAAUCAACCUUUUGGGUCAUAUCUUGGAUACUUGCUCGCGCUUUACCUAAGGACUAUCCCAUGGACCCAGAGCCCACCGAUGAGUUCAAGACGUUCGUCACAGAGAUGGAGAAACAUCACCCUGGCAAGAUAGGUUCUGAUGCUCGCGCCGACUUCUCACCAGAGCUUGAAGACUGGAGGAAGAUUCUCCAUCCUGGGCUCAAAAGCGUAGCACACAUGCUUAGCGAAAUGCACAAAUAUGUCCUACCUGAAUGGAGUUAUCGGCCCGAGCUUGACGGGGAGCAUGUACACGAGGCCUUGAUGCGACUGAUCCUAUCAGAGAUUGUUCGUAUUGAUGAUGAGAAUUCUGACAUACAGUUUGGAAGCAUAGUUCGUGCGCUCCCAGUCGAAUCAAAACAUCCUGGCUCUCUAUCCAGUUCUCUACAGGCGAAUUCAAAUCUCACUACGUCUACCAGUGCCAGAAAGAGGAGUCGCUCUAAGGAAGAUGAUAAUAUUGGAUUGAACGCUCACUCGGGGCCUAGACCACGACUGAAAGAGCCUCACCCAGGCCGUACUUCCAACGAUCAAGAUUCAAUCCCCGCGAAUUUGUUAGCGGAGGCACAGGGACUCAUAUGGGAUACAAUGGCGCAAUGGCUAAAGCAUCCAGCUGGCUACUCUACGAUUACGCCUCCAGCCACUGCAUGA